GCGCUUCUGUUUACUCCCAUGGCCUUCUAGAGAUUGACUUACUCUGCUUUAGUUUCUCUUGUCUGUAAAAUGGAGUUGGGGGUAGCUUUCCUUCAUAAGGUAUUGAUGUUUGAGAUAAUGCAUGGCUAGCACUCAGCUUAGUGCUCAGUACACCAUAGUUGCCCAAUAAAUGCUUAUUGUUAGCAUAAUGGUGCUUGCAUACCUGACCCCUCCACUACCACUGCCAGCCCAAAGCACAUACCCACUGUCAUGUGGGAGGUGAGUGGUCACCCACUCUGGCCCGCAGCUUGAGUUCCUUUUGAGAUGCUUGGACUGCCCAAGCUCUCGGUGAGAUCCUUUCUGGACAGGUCAGGGAAGGCAGGCUAGAGAGGGGAGCAGCACUGCAGCUAAUACCAGGAUGUGGGCAUGAAUUGACAGCCACCAUGAGGCAGCAAAUCAGGCCACCAAACAGCUGUGUGUAUCAAAGACUAGACCUCAGAACUGCUUUGGCCAAUCUGGAUCUUGUUCUCAGGCAACUGAAUAUGAGCAGGGGGCCCACCCCUGAGUCCAGAUGACACUCAUGCCGAUGGCUUCAGUGAUGGCAGUGACUGAACCAAAAUGGGUCUCCGUCUGGGGCCGUUUCCUGUGGGUUAUGCUGCUGACCAUGGUGCUGGGGUCCCUGCUAGCGCUGCUGCUACCACUGGGAGCCUUAGAAGAGCAGUGUCUAACCGUGCUCAAGGGCUUCUACCUGCUCAGGAGCAAGCUGGACAGGGUGCAGCAUGCUGUCACCAAGUGCAGCAGACCAUCCACAGAGCUCAGUGUCACCUCCAGGGACCCGGCACUGCUGGCGGUCAAGACCAAGGCCUCUCCAGCUGGUAAAUUGGAAGCCAAAGCAGCUCUGAACCAAGCCCUGGAGAUGAAACGCCAAGGCAAGCGGGCAAAGGCCCACAAGCUCUUCCUGCACGCACUCAAAAUGGACCCAGACUUCGUGGAUGCGCUCAAUGAGUUUGGCAUCUUUUCAGAAGAGGAUAAGGACAUUAUCCAGGCGGAUUACUUAUACACCAGAGCGUUGACCAUAUCGCCCUACCAUGAGAAAGCGCUGGUCAACCGGGACCGGACGCUGCCGCUGGUCGAGGAGAUCGACCAGAGGUAUUUUAGCAUCAUCGACAGCAAAGUCAAGAAGGUCAUGUCCAUCCCCAAGGGCAACUCUGCGCUGCGCCGGGUCAUGGAGGAAACUUACUACCAUCACAUCUACCAUACGGUCGCGAUCGAGGGCAACACCCUCUCCCUCUCAGAAAUCAGGCACAUCCUGGAGACCCGCUACGCUGUGCCGGGGAAAAGCCUGGAGGAGCAGAACGAGGUCAUUGGCAUGCACGCAGCCAUGACGUACAUCAACACAACACUAGUCUCCCGCAUCGGGUCUGUCACCAUCAGCGACAUGCUGGAGAUCCAUAGGCGGGUGCUGGGUUACGUGGAUCCAGUGGAAGCUGGCAGGUUUCGGACGACACAGGUCCUCGUGGGACACCACAUCCCUCCCCAUCCUCAAGAUGUGGAAAAGCAGAUGCAGGAGUUCAUCCAAUGGCUCAACUCCGAGGACGCCAUGAAUCUGCACCCAGUGGAGUUUGCAGCCUUGGCCCAUUAUAAACUGGUUUACAUCCACCCUUUCAUCGACGGCAAUGGAAGGACCUCGCGCCUGCUGAUGAACCUCAUACUGAUGCAGGCAGGCUACCCACCCAUCACCAUCCGCAAGGAGCAGAGGUCUGAGUACUACCACGUACUGGAGGUCGCCAAUGAAGGCGACGUGAGGCCAUUCAUCCGCUUCAUUGCCAAGUGUACGGAGACCACUCUGGACACCCUGCUCUUUGCCACAACGGAGUACCCGGUGGCACUGCCUGAAGCCAAACCCAACCACUCCGGGUUUAAGGAGACCCUGCCUGUGAAGCCCUAACCCUGGAAAUCCUCCCUGGGUGACAAGGGAUGUCCCGAGGCAGGGGAAACCUUAGCAUUUCUAGAAACCUAACUGUCUCCUAAAGCAAAAGGAGAGAAAAAGAACUUAAACAUUCUUUACCUCCAGAUGUUUCAGUUCAGAAAAAGAAAACCUAAAUUAUUAAGCCUUAUCUCUAAGGUAACUUAUAAUUCAGCCCAAGUUAUUAUUUAUUUUCUUCUGUGGGGCUAGUAAAUGUUGUGUGGUGUCCGCUGUCUGCACUGGUGGCCCAAAGGAGGCUUUGGGGGCAUCAGUGCUCUGUGUGUGACCAGAACACAAGUUCUGGAACAGAAUUUGCACUCAAGUGGGGAGAGGCCAGAAGUAUGGAAGGAGGUCCAGAAGCCAUAGGAGAAACUCCUCCAAGUGCCCUAUGACUUGACCUGAGAGGUCAGCACUCUUGGGGAGAACUUGGUCCCGGUUUUGAGAAAUGACUGAAAGCUUGCUUCUACAAAGAGAUGGGUGUUGUGACUAAUUCUCACUGGUAGAGCAAACUUUGGAGAUAUGAAAUAAAAUUAAUGUUGACAUUUCUAGUUAGAUACCUUGCUCAUUUCAAGGAGGUCCUUGAGUCCUACCUAGUUAGUUCACAGACUCUAGUACCAGAGGCUGUUAACAUUCCCUCAUCAAGACUGUUUUUCUAAUUAAGAAUAGGGGAGUGGCCAGUUAGGUUUUCUCUGUGUAUAAAAUGUUUCUUGCACUUUGUUUGCAGCAUCUCAGACCAGACGUUUUAGUCUACAAGUCCUCUGCGCUUGUCACACAACUGAAUCCUAGCACAGAUCAGGUAUUGUACGAGUAGCCAAGUCUGCCCUCACCGACCCUUCGGUGGAACACCUCAUGUAGGUAGAUAUUCGAGAACACACCUGAGAAAACAGCUGCCACGUUAACACCAAAUAAGCCUUUUCGAUAAUGAAUUAGAGGGAGCUGCUAGCAAACCAAGAAAAACCUUUCGCCCAGCCAGGAGGUGUCCCUUUUGUCACGCAGUCUUCCCCACUUACUGACUCCGCGCCCACCUCCUCCAGCCCUGGUACUGUCCCGCAUCCCCUAGGGGAUGCUGAAGAGAUUGCCUUGGAGUGGCCUUAUUUUUCUAGCAACUUGUAAAAUGAUAAAAUGUCCCAUGUAACACGGCCAAGUUUCCAAGUCUCCAUUCUAUGGAAGAAGCCUCCUCUCUACCAGUAGCAUGUUGGCCCAGGUGCCGAAAUGGCCACUGCUGCGCUGCUCAGACUCCAAAUGGCCACAGGCUCCUUUCCCAGCGGCAAAGCAUGCUGUCGUGCCCUGGGUCGGCGUCAGAAUGUGGUGAACACAUGCAAAGUCACACCCUGACAGCAAGGAGGUCACUCUUCUGAGGUGGCAGGUGUUUCUAUAGUUAUUUAACUGUGUAAUAGGCACAGAGUAGCUUUCCGAACGAUUAAGAAAAAGCUGUGUGAAGUGGCCCCAAGGGAUAUUCAAACCUUUAUAAAAAGUAUUUUCAUACUCGUAUGCUGCCAUAAGGUCUCUCGGCAACCUGAACUCUCCUAUCGUCUUGGUUUUAUAAGCACACCGAGAAAGCCUAACAGAAGAACAUGCUUUGUCAUAGAGAGAAUCGUGCACUUUAGUUAGCUCUGUUGUAAAGGAGGUUAUUUUAACAGAUUACUGACUCUA